CGUCGGAAGCUGCGAAGAGGAACCACGAGCUGCUGGGAAUGCAAACGCAGGAAGACAAAAUGCCAUUUCGAGCAGGGAAAUCCGGCUGUCUGCGAGUCCUGCCAGCGGCGAGGCUGCAAGUGUGUUCUCCAGGACGUUGAUGAGAAGACUUCAACAGGCCAGAGGGCUCGGAAUCGAAACCUCGGAGCGCAGAUGAAUUACCUCGAAACUGUGGUUGAUCAGCUUGUCCAUCGGCCAGCCAGGUCUAGCACACAAGGCGCAAAUUGUGAGACUGGAUCGGAAGAAACAGCCGCUGCUCAUGAGAAAGAGAACAGUGCUGCAAGAACGGCACCAAGACAGCAAAAUACUGGUCGACAUCCUUCAGAGCCAUUCAACUCUAGGCGCAGACUCCUCCCCAAAUUGGACAAGGCACCCGCAAAAGAGCCUCGUACUCCAGCCAACGACAACCCCCGUAUAGCGAACCAACCUCUUCAGCCAUUAGCAUCACAAAAGUAUUCGAAACAACUUCAUGCACAGCCGAUAGACCUGGCUCGAAGUCUUUUCCAGCUGGCCAUCUGCCUCCAGCAGUCUGAUCGCUUCCCCGAAACCUCCAAACUGUGGCUUAAUCAUUCGAACCGCGAUGUGGCAGAUCAGUAUUUCGAAGCCGCCACUCGCUAUGUCACCUCUCAAGACUCCAUUGUCGUCUCGUACGAGGGAAUAGAGACGUUGAUGCUCGAGGGCCUCUAUCACGUUUCCUGCGGCAGGCUGCAACUUGCGUGGGUUGUAUUUCGCAGGGCGCUUGGAAUCGCUCAUCUCGUGGGCUUACACAUACCGCAACGGCGGCGGCAGGGCAAGCAGCAAUCGUCCGCCAAUGGUCCAUCAUCAAUGUGUCUGGCGACACUGUGGUUCCGCCUCGUUUUCAUGGAUCGUUACUUGUCUCUGGUGCUUGAUCUUCCAAUGUCCGUCCUGGAUGAUAGCUUCAUGGACGAUUUUGUAACCCAAGCGCCGUUUGAGAAGCUUGAAAGAGCUCAGGCCAAGCUGACGAGUCGCAUCAUUUUCAGAAACCAACAGCUGCGGCUUGGCCAAAGAGGAGGAGACCCCGUCUACGAUCAUUACAAGGAGACAAAGGACAUUGACUAUUUACUAACACAGGCCACGCGGGCUCUGCCUUUGGAGUGGUGGGUUUUUCCUCCAACGCAAGAUGCUCAAUCGAUCGACGAGCUAAGGGACAUGAUUGCAAAGAUUGUUCAUCAGUUGCAUCAUUACAAUUUUGUUUUAUUGCUGCAUAUACCUUACAUCCUACCGGGGCCCGAGGGUCGUUUCAACAACUCCAUGCAAGACUACUCCAAUUCCAAAUUUGCAGCCGUGGCUGCCGCUCGAGAAUUACUCGGUAGAUCCAUCGUUCCGGUCGGACCUAAUCGCGUGUCGUUUUCGACCAGGGGCAUCGUUCUCAAAGUCGUUCUUUCUGCUUUGACUCUGCUCGUGGUGCACCUGGAUAGCCAUCGACUGGGCCGUGAAAAUCCUCUUGGCCAUCAGCGCCCAGGGGAUUUGGCAACGGCUGAGCGCGCUAUUCAGAGCCUGGAAACCAUGGGCCAAAAGUUUGACGACAAGUUGUGUCAUUCUGCAGCACGAGCGUUGAAGAGAUUAAGUGCUCUUGAAGCAACCGCAGCU